UUAUUAAUAACACACCGCAAAAUUGGUCUAAUAAAAUUUAUAUUUAAAAAUUGGUCUAACUUCACUAAAUGCCCAAUGCAACACUGAUCCAAACAGCUGUAUAUGUGACUCCAUCUUCAAGUUGUGUCAGUGCUACAAGCAAGCGGUAAAGGCAGUGUUGAAGUAGUUUACAAUUUUGUGUUUUUAAAGAAUUAAAUCGCUAUUAAUUAUGGAAAAUAGCGAUGAGGAUGAUACGUCAAGCGACUCAGUCGAUGAAUCAGGAAGCGAUAUUGAAGACAUAGAGGAAAAUGCUUGGACAGAUAAUACUACAGUAUUUGAUAGUCAAUUUGACACAGAAACUAUAAAAAUUGACUGCGAACAACUCGUUAAAAACUUACAUUGCUUAAUCAAAGAAUUGCCAAAUAUGGAAUGUGGUUCUACUGUGAAAGAUGCUUUGAAACUAAAUGAAAUCUUAAUAGAGCAAUUGGAAAAUUUCAAAAAACUAUUUACGUUGCAAUUAAAGAGAGUUCGGUCGCGUUUCAAACUGAAUGCAGCAUUGAUAGAAGUAAAAAAGAGAAGAACAUGCAAUACGGUCUCUAAACGAAGUACAUUAUUGAAGGCUUCCACACAUUAUCUGGACGGCAACACGUUUUUUAAGGAUAUUUCUGGGCAUGGAGCUCCAAAUAAUGCUGAUUACAUCCAACGUAAAAAAGAAGGAGAAUUUUUUCCCAUGGAUUUAGGGUUGGUUAGCAGUCAUUAUUGGACUGACAAAGACAAAAAAUCUCUUGUUUGUGGUAUAAAAGAACAGUUAGUAAAUAGAUUAAUAGAAAAGAAAUUAAUAAAUGUAAGAUGGGAAAGUAAGGAAGAUUAUUUGUGCUCUUCUAAAUUAAAAGAUUUAUUAGAUAAAGUGGAUGCUAAAUUCUCAAUGGAUUGGUUUCAAAUUUCUGCUGGGGAUCUCAAACAUAGACAUUCUGAAACAUCGUGUGAGGCAAUAUGGAAUGUUUUACUACAUCCGUCACUUAAACAUUCAAAGUGGUCUGGAGAGGAAAAUAAUCGCCUUAUAACAGCUGUACAAAAGUACAAUUUUCAAAAUUGGGAAGCUAUUGGAAAUGAAGUAGGCGGUCGUUCUGACUAUCAGUGUUUUAUACAAUACAGGAAUAAUGCCUGCUAUAACUUACCAAAUCGUUUUAAAAAAUGGGAUAAAAAUGAUGAUGCUAAAUUAAUUGAAUUAGUAAAUAAAAAUACCACCAAUAAUGUUACUGAUUGGACAGUAGUAACAUCGUAUUUUAGGUUCAAACCUAAAGGUGACGUUAUAGCGCGUUACACCACCAGACUAAAGCCCAACAUAAAUCAUGACUCAUUUUCACCAGAGGAAGAUCUCCUACUUAUUGGUCUUGUUAAAAAGUAUGGAGAAAAAUUUAAUACUAUACCACGUCAAAUGUUUCCCGAUCGCACUAUUCUACAACUACGUAAUCGUUACUUAAAUACCCUGAAGCAUCGUCAUACAAAUACAACGUGGACGUACGAAGAUGACAGGAAAUUAGUGGAGUUCGUUUCGGAACAUGGUCCAUCGAGUUGGUUGCAAUGUGCUAAAUUGCUAGGCAACCAUACACGUACUAGUUGUCGUACUCGUUAUUUAACAAUUAAAAAAUUUUAUGCAAAAAAUCCAAAUGCAAGUCUUCAAGACAUACCACGGCAUAGGGUUUUGAAAAGUGACAAUUUGAUUAGAACGGAUACGUUUGAAACUCAACUUAAAUUAGUAGAAACUGAUCAAACCAAUGUAUUAAAAUAUCAGUCACUUGUAACUAAGAAGAAACGAGAAAAAUCGGCAAGAAUUUCAAAGAGAGACAAAGAAAAACGUUUAUCUGAAACCUUGCAGUCAUUGGAAUCAGAAAUGCAUGAGCGUUUUAGGUUUGGUCAUGACUACAGCGUAUUCAGUACUUAUUAUACAAAAUGGCCUUCAAGUAUUUUAGCUAAAAAUAUUAUGGCGAAUACUUUAAAAAUACCUACUCCAACACUUGUAGACCAUGUACUGCUAUCUCGCAUUCCAGUUUGUUUUCAAGAAACAGUAGCAGAGGACAUGCAAAUAUCCAACAAAUAUUUAGACUGUUUGCCACCUAAUUAUUCAUCAACAAUUGGAUAUAGAGCACUAUGUUUGUUAGGAGAUAUCUCUAAAACGAAAAUUGAAAAAAACGUGUAUCAAAGUGCGGCUGUGAAACUCUUUGAAGAACGACUAAAGUUAACAUUUUUUAGUGUUGCUAUAACUUGUACUUUGAAUCCCACAGAACUAAACGCAAAACCACUUUGUUUAAUGAGUGAAGAUGAUCCAUAUGAAAAUAAUGAAGAAAAAAUCGUUUAUUGCGAUAGAUAUUAUAUAAUACCAACAGAUAAGGUCGAACCACAAAAACAAAAUAAUGAGGUCAAGAGUAACGCAAGUGUUAUUAUAAAUAAUGAUGAUUGUUCCAGCUUAGCUCUUGAGGCUGUUGAAGCUGAUUCGGAUGAAGAACCUAUUUUGAAAAAAAAGAGAUUUUCUUUGUAGAAUAUAUAUAUAAUACUACAA